AUGCAAAAACCAGACACAAUAUAAUAACCUCUUUUUAAUUAGGAAUGUCCAUACAAUUCUGUAUAACUUCAUACUAUAACAUUUAACAAUGUUUGGGAUUACUUAGUACAUCUCUAAAAAUGUCAUCUCAUAAAUUAGAGAUCUGAAAUAAGAAAAUCUUCUGAUUAUUUUAUGUGUCAUCGUUGUCUUAAAGUUUUUGAAGAAUUUUAACAAUUAUAAGAUCAUCAAGAUACGGAACAUAUCAUAAAUUUUGAGCUUAUUUUUGAUAAAAAGCCAGAACAAUGGAUAAGUAUAUCUAAAAGAGGUAGAUGGGAAAUCAUCAAAUUAAUUGAAAAUUAUAAAGAUCAUUAUCUUAAUAAGAAUGAAGUUUAAAAUGUUAAGAUCUUUCCUUAAGAUUAAACUGAUCCUCGUUUAAACACUCCUAGAGAUACAAUUUCUAAGAUUAAAAAUUUAUAAAUAGAAAGAAAGGAGAGAUUAUAAUUGUAUUUAUUACAAUCCAAAGUUUUAGAAUCUGCUUAUCAUAAAUUAUUUAAUCAUUAUAAAGAUAUAUCUAUGAUUAAUAAGGAAUAUCCAUAUAAAUUAACAACUGAUUCUUUUAAUUAAUUGAUGGUCAAACAUAAUAUCAAAUUAAGUUCAGAAUUAUUCAAUCAAACUAAAGUAUGUGAAUUCAUGGAAACAGCAUUAACAAAUCCAGAAGAUCAUAUUAUUUAUAUGAAUAGAAGAGCCAUUAACAAAUUCUUUUAUCUUUGGAUUUUGAUUCAUGAAGAUGUUAAUCCUUUUUUAUAAAUAUAAUUCUAAGAACCUUGGGUUAUAUUAGCUAUUCCAACUUAAUCUGGAUAAUUUUACAAUAUACCUAUUUCAAAGUCAAAUGAAAAUUUAGAAUUAUAAGAAUUGUAAAAGUUAUUGAGUGAAUAAAUGGAAAUAGCUAAAUAAAUAGAUUAAGAGAAAGCUAAAUUUGAUUAAAAAAAGAUUGAAGAAAGUAAAGUAUUUGAAUAAAAGAUUUUUAAAUUAGAAAAUUUAGAAACUUAAUUAAGAAUUUAGUUAACUACUUAAAAUAAAUAUUAAAAUGAUUUUGAAUCUGUUAAACAAUAGUUGUAAGAUUAAUCUAUUAAUGAUCUUUAAGAACGUAGUAAAAAACUUGAUCAUUAUUAUUAAGUAUAAAGAUAGAAGAUAUAAAAUGAUAUGAUUAAUUAAUCAGAACUUUUUAAAUAAGCUGAGUCUUUUGCAAAAGAAAAACAGAAAUUACUUCAAAGAGUUGAAAUUUAUGUUGAAAAAAGAAAUAAAAUACAUUAUGAAACUUAGGAUUUAAAAGCAUAAAUAACAACAUUAGGAGAAAAACUUAUGUUAGAUGAAUAAUAAAGAAUGAAAAAUAAAACAAAAAGAAGAUAGAAAAUAGUUUAACAUUUAUGUAUUAAAUGUUAAAAAAAUAAUAGAGAAGUAAUUCAUUUUCCUUGUUAACAUUUUCUUUUUUGUACAUAAUGUAUAAUAUAAGGAAUGGUUGAAAAAAGAUAAUAAUGUCCAUUAGUUGCAAUUGAUUAAUGUAGAGAUUCUAGAUAUUUAGAUAAGAAAUUUAAGACUGUCAGAUUCACAAAGAACGAUUGA